AUGAGAUGUGAGUUGUGCAGUGCUGGUUUUGACACCAGGGCUGGUCUCUCCAGUCAUGCUCGUGCCCAUCUCCGAGACUUUGGCAUCACAAAUUGGGAAGUCACAGUUUCCCCCAUUAAUGUUCUCCGGGAGCUCUUUGCCAAGCAUCCAGAUCUUGUUCUACCAACUGUUUCCUCUCACCCUGACCUGUCAAGUGAAGACCAAAACUCUGAUGAAGAUCAAGACACAGAGAAGGAAGAAAAGGAUGAGGAGGACAUGACCAUAACACCUGCCAAUUUUUGUUCUGAUUCUCCAAAACCACACUGGAAGGACAGACACAAUAUCAGCAAACUGGAGGGUAAGGAGGAGGAUGAGGCUGAGGAAGAAGAGGCGGCCAGGAUGCCACUUACAAAAAGGCUGGUCACAAGUCCCAGAGAGAAGACUUUGUUCUCCCUGCAGGAACAUAGUUCUGAAUCCAAAGAGGCAGACUCUUUGGGGUCCAACCUAUUGAAAUGUGAGAUUUGUGGUACUUCCUUUGAGACACGUCGUGGUUUGUCUAGCCACGCCCGCUCUCACCUACGCCAGCUGGGUAUCGGUACGUCGGAGAACAGUGGAGCACCCAUUGACCUCCUCUACCAGAUCACUAAGGAACGUGCCAUGGAUGCCCAUUUCACAGGCACCUCCCCAUCUGUGUCAUCACCUAAGAAGCUCCUGCACCAUUCCCCUCCUAUUUCUAUGCCCAGCCCCGAAAAGGAUAUGGAAACCGAAGAUAGACCGAUUGACACCAAACCAGCUGUCCCAUUCUCAAUUGCGGGUUCAACAAUUAAAGUUUCCUCUUCACCAAAUACUCCCUCUUUAACUGGCUCACUGCCUUCCUCUCCAUUUGUAAAGUCUCGGUCUCCAUCCCCAGUGCUGAGAAAGGCUCCCAUCUCUUCCCUGCUCCCUGUGUCUUCCCCACUGCGAUCCCAGGAACAUAAGACUUUGGGAAAGAACCAGGCUGCAAACCUCUCCAGUCCCACCAAACCGUUCUGGGCACCGCAAGAGACGGAUGCACCUUUGAACCUUACAAUGGACAUGGACUCUAAAGACAUUAUUUGCCAGAUGUGUGGUGCAUGGUUCGAAACAAGAAAAGGUCUCUCAAGUCAUGCACGAUCCCAUUUGCGCCAUUUUGGGAUCGAGUACUCUGAAUCCAAGGGCUCCCCCAUUGACUUACUCAACCAGUUCAUCUUGACCGAUGACUUCAAGCACAAAGCAAAUUCUUUUCUCUCUGAUGUUCCUAAAGACUUGAGGCCCCCAAAGACCAGCAAGGCUUCCCUCUUGCCCUCCACUUCCACCUCUUCCUCUAAGAGGGCUCCUCCCUCUAGUCCUAUCCUAUAUAAAACGGCUCCAUUAACGUCCAACAUUGGGAACAAAGCUACCUCGUCUUCUACCCACACCCUGUUGGGCCCACCAACAAAGAAGCUAAAACACUCCUCUUUGCAGGUUCUUCGUUUUAGUGGUGGUGAAGUGCUGCCCUUCCCUAUAGAACCAAUGAAAGAGGUGAAUUGUGAUUUCUGUGGAGAACUUUUUGAGAAUCGCAAAGGCCUCUCCAGUCAUGCCCGUUCACAUCUGCGUCAGCUUGGUAUCACGGAAUGGUCUGUGAAUGGCUCGCCUAUUGACACACUACGAGAGAUUAUAGUCCGUCGAGGCCUACCAUCCAUUGUGCCGUUAAAACCUCACAAAUCCCCCUCUUCUUCUCCGGGCCCAGCACUGCCUCGGUCUACACACAAGUCACCCUCUCCUUCAAGGAAUGUCCUUGUCCACCUGCCUUUCCAUUUUCCCCAAUCACCAAGUCAAGAUCAGCCAACUUACAGAAAAAUGUCUCCUUCGACAUCUACCGCCAGUUCUUCCCCAACAGUGGAAAUGGUUAAACCAAAACCAGAGCCUGAAAUUGUAGAAGUAACCAUGAAAGGGUCAGAAAUGGGAGUGAGUGCAAGUUACAGCCCAGAGCCGCUUCAUCCCAGUUUGAGCAGUUCAGAUAAUGACUUUCCAGUCAACUUAGUCAUGACUCAAGAGAAGAACCCUUCCCGUGAUAUCCGAUGUGAAUUUUGUGGUGAAUUCUUUGAAAACCGCAAAGGCCUAUCGAGCCACGCCCGUUCGCACUUGAGGCAUAUGGGCAUCACAGAGUGGUCUGUAAACGGCUCACCCAUUGACACUCUGUGGGAAGUCAUGAGGAGACAGGGCACCACCUCUGCAUCUGCUGCCUUUGGCAUAAAGGAGGAACCGGGACAGGAUGGUAGACUAUCACUGAACAGUCCUGGCUAUCAGUCCCAUGUACUUUCCCGCAAGUCACCCCUUAACCUGCUCCACUCUGGCUCACGCCUCCAUAAGCAUGGGCUUGGAAGCAUGGGCUUAUCUCACACCUCACCUGUGGGAAAGUUUUUUGGGGUGGUUCCGCUGAAGAACAAGGUGCUGGUUGAGGAUGGACAGCCAAGAGAAAAGUCACUGCUAGUCCAGACUAAAUCCUUCUCGUCCCACGCACAGGACUUUUCCUUUAAGGGGAAAGUCUCCACAGAGAAGCAAGGGGUAGGCCACAUGGGUGCCAGCUGCGAACUCUGUGGAUUCUACUUUGAGAACCGGAAGGCAUUGGCCAGUCAUGCCCGAGCACAUCUCCGACAGUUUGGUGUAACAGAGUGGUGUGUAAAUGGUUCUCCCAUUGAGACGCUGAGCGCCUGGAUCCGCAGCCGCCCACAGAAGGCAGCAGAGAUGCAGCAAAGUUAUGCGCAAGGAGGUCGCUAUGUCCAGAAGAAGAGGUGCAGUUCCUCUUUUUCACCAUCCCAUGAGUCUGACCCUACAACCCCUGUUUCCCACAAGACCCCAGUAGCCAAGUGGGGAUCUCUCACAUUGUCUCAAAAGAGGGCAAUAGGACGGGAUGUCAACAGCUGUUCCUUGGGGUUGCCUUCACAGGCAACAGAGGCCAGAAGUAGUAGUGGAAGUUCGACUCAACAUGGCCUUAUUUCACAGACUAGCAGUCAUCAUUCCAAUAACACACUUCCACAUGUGCAGGUGGCCCAUAGUGAACUCAACGUGCGUUUGCCACGAGUAUUUGAGAGACGGCCACUCAAACACCCUUCAAAUCAUCCACAUGCUGCGGGAGGGGAGAGAGAGAGUGGCCCUCCAAAACCUCGCUCCAGUACAGUUCCUGCCCUUGUGCCAAAGCCCCCCUCCACCCCACUGGUUAGUCUUGUGGGUAAAAUUUACUCACUCAAGUGCCGGUUUUGUGAUGUGGAGUUUCACGGCCCCCUCUCAGUACAGGAAGAUUGGAUCAGACACCUGCAGCAGCACAUCCUCAAUCUCAACUAUAACAAGAAUGCACCACCUGCAAAUGAUACUCGUUCCCAAUGUGACACCCCUGUUCCCAAACCCCCAUCCUCAGCUGCUACCUCCACUACAACCACAGCUACUGCCACAACUCUGUCCACACCCUCCCCAAAAGCCUCAACCACACCCACUCCAAUCCAAGUCUCCACAGCGCCCCCUGUGGCCAGUUCAAUGCUAUCGGCAAAGCCACAUCCUUCUCCUGCUAAUUAGGCCAUGUUGAUGCACCCACAUAUGAGACUUCAUAUUCUCCAUUAAUUUUUCACCCCUUCUUCCUUGUCCUCUAUUUAUAUUGUGUCUGUACAGACUGUUACCCAUCUUUGCAUAUCUCUGUCUCUGAUCAAAGGGAGACAUCUCUGCUAACGACCCACUUACGAGUGACCUACAUCACAAGCAUCUGUUUUGAGAGAUUCAAGCUUGAGGUAGGUUUCUCACUUUUGGCUUUUAAAGAUGCAGUGUUUAAUUUCUGUGCCACUAAAUUAGGCACCAAACUGAAUUGCAAUCUGUUUGAGCAGCCCAAGAUAGCAUCAUUGGCUCAACCAAUGGUGUGAGUUUGGGACGGGACCAGGGGAGGCUGGUUAGCUUUGGCAGUUAGCACCUGCUGAUAGAUUAGCCCUGCCACUAUAUUAUUAUACAGGAAAAAGGCAUGUUUCUCCAUUGAUGGCCAUUUAGCUGUGUAUUUUGACAAAAUAAUUUUUUGCAAAUUGCAUGACUGUGGCAAAAUUUUAGCAAAAUGACAUUUCAUGGUCCCUUACGCGUAUCGCGGAAGUAAUGUUCACUGUAUAGUGCAAAAAAAUAGAUCUUCUCCCAAACAGAUGAGAUUUUUUUUUAAGGUAAAUGCUCUAUAGAAUUUUAAAUCAACAAAACCUAACUUCCUACCCUAAACCUAACCGAUAGUGUCCGAAAAAGCAAAUGUGAUAUGAAAAAUUAAAUUCCUGAAGCAACCACGCCAUUUGUUUGGUGCUUCUAUAUCAAUUUUGGCUCAAGUGUCGAGUUAUUGAGUUAUGUAUUCAUCAGGACUUUUCAGAACCCCGGUCCUUUGCAUCACAAAUCCAAUGCUCUAUCAGUUUAGCUACCGUGCAGUUUGAUUGUGCAUGAACAAGCUUGUCAAUGUAGUUAGUUAUGUAAUGCAAAUAUUAAAAUGUAAGUCACACGCUAUAGUAAAAGUACUUGGAUAAGACAAACAGUUUGUGUGAAAAAGGCCGAAAAGUAAAUGUUCAUAAACUCAUAAUCUGCCUUCUUGCUCAUGAUUAUUGUAAAAGGGAAUAAAAGUAAUUGCUGUUUUAGGACCUCUAGUAUUAAUUUUAUCAGGAAACUGCAGAGACACAGCAAGCCACAUCAAAAUUAUUUUGCAAAUAUGUGAAAAAUGUUGAUAUAGUAAAGUGAUGCCUCAACUCUACUCGCUUUACUUUUCUGAGCUUGCAUUUCCACUGCAGUUUAGUGCCAUCUCUACGUGGGUGGGAUUAUAGGCUGAUCAUCACAGUUGCGCCCCCUCUACUGCCGUGACAUCAUCUUAAACACGCCACAAACUGACCAAUAACACGACUGCUAGCUGUUAGCUACUAGCUCAUUGUGCUGCAUAAAGCAGUUGCUGCAUGGUGAUUUUACACAAGUGUAACAGUUAAAUUGGCCUGGUUGUUUUAGAAGCUUCCAGUAGCUGGUCAACUAAAUAAUGUGAAGCUUUCAAGCAGAGUAUAGAGUUAACGUAACAAAACGUACCAUCCUCCAUCAUGGAUCAACACCAGUCCAGGGCACUCUCCCUCCCAUUGCUCGCCGGUUUAGGUAGCGUCCAUUUGAUCGAACCACUUCCACUUUUCCUUGAUGGUUCUGUAGUCACUUUUAAGUGUUAGCCAUGUGCGGCCAACAGCUGAGACACUUCCUGAGACUUUUACGUUUCGCUCAGCGCUAACGAGUGGACCGUCUGCACCUCGUUUAUUGAACAUGGCGUGGUUUUGUGCACAGCCAUUUCUUUUUUCACAAUUCAAAAGUCGUGUAAACAAAUGAUACUGUUAUCGCUGUUGCUAACUUUAAAACUAGCGGGUUGAUGUUGCGUGUCGGAAAUCCAGUGACACUGGUAGUGACGAUAAUCUC